UGAGCGGGAUUUGGGGCGAGAGGCGGGAAAUCGGGGGUAGGGGUUUGCAAAGGGAACCUGAGGGCCUGGAAGGUCGGGGGUGGGGUUGGAAAGUUUAGGAGUCCUGUCCUGUCGGGAAACGAGUCUCCAGCACGGAACAGGAGUUUGUGGUUCAGUUUGUGGGACUGGGAUAGAAGCUUGGGGGAUUGGGGUUCAGAUGCUGACUGCUCCCCUCUUCUCUGAGCAGUGUGACUUCACCGAGGACCAGACUGCAGAGUUCAAGGAGGCCUUUCAGCUGUUUGACCGGACAGGGGAUGGCAAGAUCCUGUACAGCCAGUGUGGGGACGUGAUGAGGGCCCUGGGCCAGAACCCCACCAACGCCGAGGUGCUCAAGGUCCUGGGGAAUCCCAAGAGCGAUGAGAUGAAUGUGAAGGUGCUGGACUUUGAACACUUCCUGCCCAUGCUGCAGACUGUGGCCAAGAACAAGGACCAGGGCACCUACGAGGACUACGUCGAAGGCCUUCGGGUGUUUGACAAGGAAGGGAAUGGCACGGUCAUGGGUGCUGAAAUCCGGCAUGUUCUUGUCACCCUGGGUGAGAAGAUGACGGAGGAAGAAGUAGAGAUGCUGGUGGCAGGGCACGAGGACAGCAAUGGUUGUAUCAACUAUGAAGCAUUUGUGAGGCAUAUCCUGUCGGGGUGACGGGCCCAUGGGGCGGAGCUCGUCCGUAUGGUGCUGAAUGGCUGAGGACGUUCCUGGUGCGCCUGAGCCCUGUGCCUUCCCCUGUGUGAGACUGCAUGUAGCCCUGAAGGCGUCCUAGGUCCUCUUGUCACAGCACCUUUGCCAGCUCGUUUCUCUUGGAUGAUAUUGCUGUCAGCAUUCACCAAAUAAACUUGCUCUUUGCCCUAAG